AUGGCUCCCUUUUCUGGGGAUGGUGUGCUAUGGCUUUGCCUAGGCGUCUCACUGUUCUUUGCCAUCCGCGGUAUCGCCACAGACCUCCGCCAAGUCGUUGAUCUGACAGAGAUCAAACAUGUUGAGAAGGAAGACAAGAUCAUUAGCGAGGGAACAGAAGAAGCUCUCAAGUUAGACACGCUCUUGAAGCUUUCUCAAAGCACAAGCCAUGACCUCCGAGCUGCGGCCUUGCGCAUCAUUUCAGAACGAUCUACCAAGGGAGAUACUCGUGAUCUGCUAUUGGAAGAACUGGUUUCCAAGAACAAGGUUCACCAACGCCGAGCUCUGAAUGCGUUGAACUUCUUAGUUUCCAACCGAGCCCUCACUCGAACCUCGAUUUGCACUCGACUCGCCGACGUACCCACCUUUACGGCCAUUAUUAACUGCCUUUGCAACUUACUAGAAGAACACGUGGAGAAGACAUCUACGACCAAUUCGCCAAUUUUUCCGAAGACACGGCCGAUGGAAGAGAAGAAGGCGCUGAACAUCCUGAAUGUCUUGUUGCUAGAGAACAUACCCGACGCAUUAGAAGCGGGAAUCAUCAGUCGAUGGCUCUGCAGAUAUCCCUUUCCGUGUGCAAUAGCUGAGCCUUCCCGCCGGCGGGAUGUGGUGAUUCUCAUGAAAACAUGGUGGUCAGAUGACGUGGUCAUGAGCGCGAUUUUCAGUGCGCUUUCCUCGCACCCAGAUGGGGUCAAGCAGCUGCGGAAACAUGGACUGAUGGGCAGCAUGAUUGAAGAAAAUGAUCAUGAUGAGGACGACGGGGACAGUGAUGUAUGGAUGGUAGAUGCGGAUGAGGCUGGGGGCAAUUUUGGACGAACUCCGCGUAGACCUCAGGAGGGAAGUGCCGAAGAACAAGCGCUUCGCCGGCGCAGAAGAGAAGCUAUGGUCUUGAGCGAUGGCGGACGGCCAAUCGGCAAUGACGACAUAAUCCAACGACCUAUUAAUUGA